AUGUGGAAUGAAGAUAGGGUUGUUGAAGAUAUGAAGGUCAUGAGGGACAGUAGGGAUGCAUCUGGUUCUUUAUUUCAAACCAUACCCAAGCUAAGGAAGCGCAUAUGGUCUCUUAUCAUGCUCAACAUAUUGCUACGUGAUCUCUCUCUGCUGAGCACAAUGAUGGGUACUUGGAAAGAGGUCAGCUUCAUGGGCUAUCUGGUACAGUCACAAUCUUGGGAUGCAUGGGAUUGA